UAAUCACAACCGUGCAGGGGCAAGCAGCCUGAACGCAGUGUUCUCUAGAAAACGCACACUCCCAUCCUCACACACACACUUUAGCGCUCGCUGGAAGAAGACGGUGGCGAGUCUGCCAAGAGCAUCAGCAGAAGGAGUCCAAAGGAAUCAGCAGAAAGAUCGGGACGUUUCCCUCUCCCUCAGACACAGUUAUGGAGCGGAGUGAAUGUGGCCGCACACGGCAGACGGGGAACGAUGACGAGGCUGUGGUUGACCAGGGGAAGACCAACUCCACCAUCCACACGAACUUCGAGAAGGAGGAGCUGGAGAGUCACAGGGCGGUCUAUGUAGGCGUCCACUUCCCCCUGGGCAGACAGAGCCGGCGGCGGCAUCGUCAUCGAGGCCACAAGCACCACCACAAGCGGAGGGAGCGGGAGAGCGAACGGAGGGACGGCCGCGAGUCGCCCACCUACGACACUCCCUCCCAGAGGGUGCAGUUUAUCCUGGGCACGGAGGACGAUGACGAGGAGCACAUCCCCCAUGACCUCUUCACUGAGCUGGACGAGCUGUCCUUCAGGGAUGGCCACGCCUACGAGUGGAAAGAGACCGCCAGGUGGCUGAAGUUUGAGGAGGACGUGGAGGACGGUGGGGAGAGGUGGAGUAAGCCCUACGUGGCCACCCUGUCCCUGCACAGCCUGUUCGAGCUGCGCUCCUGCAUCCUCAAUGGCACCGUCAUGCUCGACAUGAGGGCCAACAGCAUCGACGACAUCGCAGACAUGGUGAUUGACAGCAUGGUGGCGUCGGAACAGCUGGACGAGUCCCUGCGGGAGAAGGUGCGGGAGGCCAUGCUGAAGCGGCACCACCACCAGAGCGAGAAGAAGCUGAGCAACCGCAUCCCGCUGGUGCGCUCCUUCGCCGACAUAGGCAAGAAACACUCCGACCCCCACCUGCUCGAGCGCAAUGGGCUGCUGGCGUCCCCCCAGUCGGCCCCGGGGAGCCUGGAGAACAGCAAGCCCAGCGAGGGCCGCAUCAACGGAGCCGGGGGCAGCCGUGAGAACAGCACGGUGGACUUCAGCAAGGUGGACAUGCACUUCAUGAAGAAGAUCCCUCCUGGGGCGGAGGCCUCUAACGUGCUGGUGGGGGAGGUGGACUUCCUGGAGCGGCCCAUCAUCGCCUUCUUGCGCUUAUCCCCCGCCGUGCUGCUCACGGGCCUCACCGAGGUCCCCGUGCCCACCAGGUUCCUGUUUCUGCUGCUCGGUCCUUUUGGGAAAGGGCCCCAGUACCACGAGAUCGGCCGCUCCAUAGCCACCCUAAUGACUGAUGAGAUUUUCCAUGAUGUAGCUUAUAAGGCCAAAGAUCGCAAUGACCUUCUGUCGGGUAUCGAUGAGUUCCUGGACCAGGUGACGGUGCUGCCUCCAGGAGAGUGGGACCCCACUAUCCGCAUCGAGCCGCCAAAGAGCGUCCCGUCUCAGGAGAAGAGGAAGAUGCCCUCGAUGCCCAACGGCUCCGCUCACACCUCGGACACGAUCAAAGAGGAGGAACACGAGGCUGGACCAGAGCUCCAGAGAACGGGGAGGAUAUUCGGAGGGCUGGUGCGGGACGUGCGGCGGAAGGCUCCGUUCUACUGGAGCGACGUGCGGGACGCUCUGAGCCUGCAGUGCCUGGCCUCCAUCCUCUUCCUGUACUGCGCCUGCAUGUCACCCGUCAUCACUUUCGGGGGCCUGCUGGGGGAGGCCACCAAGGGCAACAUUAGUGCCAUUGAGUCUCUGUUUGGAGCGUCCCUGACUGGAGUGGCCUACUCCCUAUUCGCUGGGCAGCCCCUCACCAUCCUUGGCAGCACUGGCCCUGUGCUCGUCUUCGAGAAAAUCCUCUUCAAGUUUUGCAGUGACUAUGGUCUGUCCUACCUGCCAUUGCGCACAAGCAUCGGGCUGUGGACGGCCUUCCUGUGCCUGCUGCUGGUUGCUACGGACGCCAGUUCGCUGGUGUGCUACAUCACGCGCUUCACGGAAGAGGCCUUUGCCGCCCUCAUCUGCAUCAUCUUCAUCUACGAGGCCCUGGAGAAGCUUGUGCAGUUGGGCGAGAGUUACCCCAUCGACAUGCACAACAACCUGGACAACCUGACCUUCUACAGCUGUCAGUGUUCGGCACCCUCCAACAUCACGCCUGAGAUCACUAACAAGCUCAAUCAGUCCGGCUUCACUCCUGACUCCAUCAGCUGGAGUGAGCUCAACAUGCCUAUGUGCACCAAGCUCCAGGGGGUGUUUGUGGGGCCGGCCUGCAGCCACGAGGGGCCCUACAUCCCAGACGUGCUCUUCUGGUCCGUCAUCCUCUUCUUCACCACCUUCUUCCUCUCCUCCUUCCUCAAACAGUUCAAAACCAGACGCUACUUCCCCACCAAGGUGCGCUCCACGAUCAGUGACUUUGCCAUCUUUCUGACCAUCAUGAUUAUGGUUCUGGUGGACUACCUUGUGGGAAUACCCUCUCCUAAACUCAACGUCCCCGACACAUUUGAGCCCACCUCUAAGCACCGGGGCUGGCUGAUCUCUCCGCUGGGCUCCAACCCCACCUGGACGCUGGUGGCGGCGGCCAUUCCGGCUCUGCUGUGCACCAUUCUCAUCUUCAUGGACCAGCAGAUCACUGCCGUCAUCAUCAACCGCAAGGAGCACAAGCUCAAGAAAGGCUGCGGGUACCACCUGGACCUGCUGAUCGUGGCGACGAUGCUGGGGGUGUGCUCCAUCAUGGGGCUGCCGUGGUUCGUGGCGGCCACCGUGCUCUCCAUCUCCCACGUCAACAGCCUGAAGGUGGAGUCGGAGUGCUCGGCCCCCGGCGAGCAGCCCAAGUUCCUGGGCAUCCGCGAGCAGAGAUUCACUGGCCUCAUGAUCUUUGUCCUCAUGGGUCUCUCCGUGUUCAUGACCUCCGUGCUGAAGUUUAUUCCCAUGCCAGUCCUGUAUGGAGUAUUUCUCUACAUGGGGGUCUCAUCACUCAAGGGCAUUCAGUUAUUUGACCGUAUUAAGCUGUUUGGCAUGCCUGCCAAGCACCAGCCAGACCUGAUCUACCUGCGCUAUGUGCCACUGUGGAAGGUGCACGUGUUCACCAUCGUGCAGCUCACCUGCCUGGUGCUGCUGUGGGUCAUCAAGGCCUCAGCCGCCGCUGUCGUCUUCCCCAUGAUGGUCCUGGCUCUGGUGUUUAUACGGAAGCUGCUGGACUUGUGCUUUACCAACAGGGAGCUCAGCUGGUUGGACGACUUGAUGCCCGAGAGUAAGAAGAAGAAGGAGGACGACAAGAAAAAGAAAGCCAAAGAGGAAGCACGGCGGAUGCUGGAGGCAGACCACGAUAUUGAGCUGCCAUACGAGGGGGAGAACCUCCUCAAGAUUCCAGUCAAGGCCCUGAAAGUCAGUGCUGACCCGUCUGUGGUAAACAUUUCUGAUGAAAUGGCCAAAACCGCUGUGUGGAAAGCUGUUGCCAUGAACUCUGACAGUGCCAAAGUUCACAAACCUUGCACAAGCGAGGACAAAGUUGCCAGCAUCCAGAUCAGCAUCGAGGACGAGCAAGGGGACAAGUUUGUCGACAACGAGACGUCGUUAUGACAACCGGGUAGGGCGAGUGUUUUGGCGGCAGGGCGAGUCUGUCUCGGAGGACUCGAGGAAGGUCACACAGAAGCCCACAGAAGCCUCCUCCCUCUCACUGACUAACAGUCGGGCCAUGGCCGGGCCAGUGUCAGGCUGAAGCAUAGGAGACAUAUCCCAUACAUACUGUAUGUGUUUGGCUUCAGACAUCUCUUUUAAACAUUAGAAGCAAGGUUUUUUUUUUAUUCUCUCUUCUUUUGAAAAAAAAAAAACGACGAACCCAUUUAAUUUGUCAGGCAUUAUACAGAGAGCUGUCAGGCGAGACUAAGAGCUCAACUCUUCUGAAAGGAUUUUUUUUUUACCCAAGAAACCAAGGAACAUUGCAGGAGUUUUGUUUUAUAGGCUCAUAUAAGGAACAUUUGAGGUCUUAGAAUUGUGACAUUUUGAGAGCAUACAGCAUCAGCUCUAUAGAUUUCUCUACAGUUUGUGUGCGUGUGUGCGUGUGUGCGUGUGUGCGUGUGCGUGUGCGUGUGUGUGUGUGUGUGUGUGUGUGUGUGUGUGUGCGUGCGCGUGAGUGAGAGAGAGAAUCUAGGUCUAGGUAAACAAAAGGGGGAGUCUAGUUUGUUCCCCAUCUAGCACAGCUAGUUUGUUGUCAGUAUAGCUAGUCUCAGAUGCACACAUAACGUUACUGUAGAGCUUUUGGAGAAACGAUGGGGGAAAGUUAAUCUUGUAAGCAAUCAUUUAAUGCUUUUAUUCUCCCUCUCUUAGUUGUUGGUGUAAGCAAUUGCUCACCAAACUGUAAAAUAAUGAAAUUAAAUACGUAUUACAAUGAUUUUUUUUUAUUCACCAAUUGUGCAGUAGGUUGUAUUCUGCAGAUGUUUAGCAACAGAAAUAGAUCAGUUCUAAACAAGGCAAAUAUGUAGUAACCAUAUUGUAAACCCUAAUCGGCUAAUGUACUACAGACAGCAAAGUGCUGUUUGAUGUGGUCUACAUAUAAUGUGAUUUAUUUAGUGUUAAAGGAAAAUGAAUAAUUUUAUACCAUGACUUUAUUAUUGCUAUUGUCUUUUAAUUUAUUUUUAUGGUCAAGUUUGCAGUUGGAGGAGUUUGGGGGGCGGUGAAAGGGACUGGGGACACCGUCGGGGCUGUGUCAGGGCUGUGUCAGGGCUGUAGGUGUGUUCCGCUCCCCUCACGUGUAACGCUGCACUUUACACAAGGUACGCGUGCAAGUUGGACAAACCACAUGUACCUUAUUUAAGAUAUCUACUUAGAGCAGUCUCAGGAAUCUAUGGACUCUCCAUAAGAGCCAUCUCUCUCUCUCUGUCUCUCUCUCUCUCUCUCUCUCUCUCUCUCUCACACACACAAUGUCUCUCUCUCACACACACACACACACACACACACACACACACUCUCACACUCUUUUCUCUCACACACAUUCACUUUCUCUCUCUCCCCCUCCCUCCCUCUCUCUCUCGGCCUUUUCCUCUGUCUUAUUCUCCUUACCUUGGCCUGUGUUCUGGCAGUAUAAUGUUUCUCUUAUACUGAUCAGAUUGUUCUUCCCCUUCCCUCCCCCCACUUUACACUGGACAAGAAUGUGAUAAUUUGCUUUGUUAUUGUUUUUGGCGCAUGACUCUUAUUUUCUACUCAGUGCUCAAUGUUUUAAGCUCAAACCAUUUCAUUUCCAAUAUAUAUAUCUAUAUAUUUGACUCCCAUAAUUUAAUUGCCUUUGUUACUUUGUUACUUUGUUUUUAUUUCUAUCCAGUCGUGAUAAACCUGAUGUUAUUUUGCAGCGUUCAAUUCAACUACUUCUAUUUUAUUUCUCACACACCCAGUGACCAUGUAUUAUUCUGUUGCAAAUAUUCAAAGCUAUUUGCACACAAAAAUGUUCUAAUUGUAAAAGAGAAAGAAAUAUAUUGUCACAUAUAGAAUUCUUAGAUUUUUUUUUUUCAUUCAUUAUACUCAUGGUUAUAAUCAAUGCCCUUGUGUAGAUUUUUCUUUUAAAAUACUUUUCACCCCUUUGAUUGAGAUUAAAUUAGUUGUUUGCUAUUUACUCAUUUCUAUGUCAUAGAAGCCAUCAGACCAUUUAUUGGACCCAGUUUGAAAGUUAUAUCUUUUUUUUUAAUUUUCAAAUCAAUCAUGUUUCUUUUUAAGUCGAUCCCAUGCUCAAAAAUGCAUCAAAGCCUUUUAAUUUCUGUCGAUACUUGUGCCUAGAGGAGUUUAGCGGGUACAGAAUUUGCCUGGAAAAAGGUCAUCAUGGCAUGAACUUGUGCUUUGUAUUACACUGUACCACUGUCUCCAUGUUGCCCCAUAAGAAGUGCGGUAUAGUUCACCAGCACAGGUGAGCAAGCCUGGCCUUCAAUUCAUUAAUGACUGACAGGUGUCACUUGUUCUGUGUAGUCAUGAGCAGUGAUGAAAUGUCUUGAUUUUGGUUAUCUGCUCAAUUAUCUUUGCUCAGAAACACCUUCAUAUUAUAUUAAUGGAGGGAUGAGCAAGAAGUGCUAUUUUUUUGUAGCUGAUUUGUAAAUGAAAUGGUCAAAAAGGAAAAGCAAUAAAGAUGAUCACUUAAUAAAUGUCAA